AUGGCGAGGGAGAGAGAUCAUGGAGUGGGAGAAGGUUCCGUUAAGAGGCAUAGAGUGGAAGAAGGUUCGUCUUCUGCUGGAGAUAUUGAUAACCCUCUAGUCCCGUACAAUGAUGUGGACGAGGAGGAGGACAAUGAGACGAGGGAGCAGAACAAUGGCGGUAUGGAUGGAGACGAGGGGGGAGUUGUUGUUGAUGAUGACGGUGAUGAUGAUGAUGAAUAUAAUGAACAAGAGGCGAGCAUUCAGAGGCGGAGGAAGCUACUGGAGCCUCGUGAGGACUGCCCUUAUCUUGACACAGUUAAUCGACAGGUGCUGGAUUUCGAUUUUGAGAAGUUUUGUUCUGUCUCUUUAUCGAAUCUGAAUGUUUAUGCGUGCUUGGUGUGUGGGAAGUAUUACCAAGGCAGAGGGAAGAAAUCCCAUGCUUAUACUCAUAGCCUUGAAGCAGGGCACCAUGUGUAUAUCAAUCUACAGACUGAGAAAGUGUACUGUCUUCCUGACGGAUACGAAAUCAUUGACCCGUCUUUAGAUGACAUACGGCAUGUCCUGAACCCGAGGUUUACCAGGGAACAAGUUGCACAGUUGGACAAAAACAGAAUGUGGUCUAGGGCUCUUGAUGGGUCUGAUUACCUUCCUGGAAUGGUGGGCCUCAAUAACAUACAGGGAACUGAUUUCGUGAAUGUUACGAUCCAGUCUCUGAUGAGGGUAACACCAUUGAGAAAUUUCUUUCUCAUUCCUGAAAAUUAUCAGCACAAUCGGUCCUCUCUUGUUCAGCGUUUUGGGGAGCUAACACGGAAGAUAUGGCAUGCUAGAAACUUUAAGGGACAGGUGAGCCCUCAUGAGUUCCUUCAAGCAGUUAUGAAAGCUAGCAAGAAAAGGUUUCGCAUAGGCCAACAGUCCGACCCUCUCGAGUUCAUUUCAUGGCUUCUCAAUACACUUCAUGCGGAACUUAAGACCUCCAAGAAGAAUAAUAGCAUAAUUUAUGACUGCUUUCAGGGAGAAUUGGAGGUUAUCAAAGAGAUUCCUAAGAAAGCUAUCACUGAAAAGAAAGAAAGUGGUGGUGGAAUUACUGAUGGCGAGACAGAACGUGGUGAUGCUCUCACGGAAAAGUCCAGAAUGCCAUUUUUGAUGCUCGGGCUGGAUUUGCCACCACCUCCUUUGUUUAAGGAUGUGAUGGAGAAAAAUAUUAUUCCACAGGUUCCUUUGUUCAACAUACUGAAUAAAUUCGAUGGAGAAACUGUCACCGAAGUAGUCCGACCUCACAUUGCCCGGAUGAAAUAUCGAGUGACCAGAUUGCCCCGAUAUAUAAUCCUCCACAUGCAACGGUUUAAGAAGAACAACUUCUUCAUUGAGAAGAACCCAACAAUAGUCAAUUUUCCUGUGAAGAACUUGGAACUGAAAGACUAUAUUCCUCUGCCAACUCCCAAGGAGAACGAGAAAUUGCGGUCCAAGUACGACUUGAUAGCCAACAUUGUUCACGAUGGCAAACCGAAAGAGGGUGUGUACAGAGUGUUUGUGCAACGGAAGUCCGAAGAGCUAUGGUACGAGAUGCAGGAUCUGCACGUCUCAGAAACACUUCCUCAGAUGGUUGCACUCUCCGAGGCAUAUCUCCAGAUAUACGAGCAGCAUCAGGAUUGGUUUUCGGGAAGAGAAGUGUUCGGAGAGACGAUGGUGACGAAGAGAGAAGAGAUUGAUAGGAGGGUGGUGGAUGGAGAAAGUUCCAUUAAGAGGCAGAAACUGGAGGGAGCUGUUCUUGUUGUUGAUGACGAUCAACAAGGGUCUAGUUUUCAAAGGCGGCGGAGGGGGCAACUGGAGCCUCGUGGAGACUGCCCUUAUCUUGAUACCGUGAAUCGCCAGGUGCUGGAUUUCGACUUUGAGAAGAAAUGCUCGGUCUCUUUGGAAAAAUUGGAUGUUUAUGCAUGUCUGGUGUGUGGGAAGUAUUACCAAGGAAGAAGGAAGAAUACCCAUGCUUAUACACAUAGUCUCGAAGAAGAUCACCAUGUCUAUAUCAAUCUAAAGACUGAGAAAGUGUACUGUCUUCCUGAUGGAUAUGAAAUUGAUGAUCCGUCUUUGGAUGACAUACGGCAUGUUCUGAACCCAAGGUUUACCAGGGAACAAGUUGCACAGCUGGACUUAAACAGUCGAUGGUCAAGGGCGCUGGACGGAUCUGAUUACCUUCCAGGAAUGGUUGGCCUCAAUAAGCUUCAGGGAACUGAUUUCGUGAAUGUUACAAUUCAGUCUCUAAUGACGGUGAGCCCUCAUGAGUUUCUUCAAGCAGUUAUGGAAGUCAGCGAGAAAAGGUUUUGCAUAGGCCAACAGUCUGACCCUCUGGAGUUCAUGGAAUGGCUUCUCAAAACACUUCAUGCUGCAAUUAGAACUUCAAAGAAGAAUAGUAGCAUAAUAUAUGACUGCUUUCAGGGAGAAUUGGAGGUUAUCAAAGUGAUAGAUAGUGAGACAGGAGGAGAUGAUGUUCUAAUGGAAAAAUCCAGAAUGCCAUUCAUGGUGCUGGGUCUGGAUUUGCCACCACCUCCUCUGUUUAAGGAUGCGAUGGACAAAAGUAUUAUUCCCCAGGUUCCUUUGUUCAACAUACUGAAGAAAUUGGACGGGAAGACUGCCACUGAAGUAGUCAGGCCUCACAUUGCCCAGAUGAAAUAUCGGGUAACCAAGUUGCCAAAGUAUCUAAUCCUUCACAUGCAGCGGUUUAAGGAGAACAACUUCUUCAUUGAGAAGAAUCCUACUAUAGUCAACUUUCCUGUGAAGAACUUGGAGCUGAAGGACUAUAUUCCUCUGCCGACACCUGGGGAGAACAAGAAAUCGCGCUCAAAGUACGAUUUGAUAGCUAAUAUAGUCCAUGAUGGCAAACCAAAAGAUGGUUCCUACAGAGUCUUUGUCCACAGGAAGUCCGAUGAGCUAUGGUACGAGAUGCAGGAUCUGCACAUCUCCGAGACGCUCCCUCAGAUGGUCGCACUCUCUGAGGCAUAUCUGCAGAUAUACGAGCAGCAUCAGUAG